AUGGUUGAUCUCGAUUUGCCCGAAACACCGGUGCCGGUCUGGCUGGAUUGUGAUCCCGGCCAUGAUGACACCUUUGCCAUCCUCCUAGCAGCCUACCACCCAACAAUAAAGCUGCUGGGCCUCUCAACCGUCUUCGGAAACGCCCCCCUCGAGAAAACCACAAACAACGCCACCUCAAUCCUCACAGCAAUCGGCAAACACAAUGACAUCCCCGUCCACGUCGGCGCCGCAAAGCCAAUGUCCCGCCCGCCCAUGCAAGCCGCCACCGACAUCCACGGCGAAUCCGGCCUAGACGGCACCGACCUCCUCCCCCAACCCGCCAAGGACGCAAACCGCUCCGUCCCGGCCAUCGACGCCAUGGCCGCCGCCCUCUCCGCCCAGCCCGCCGGAACAGCCUGGCUCGUCGCCACGGGCUCCCUCACCAACGUUGCCGAGCUGUUCGCAAAGUACCCGGACCUGGUCUCCCACCUCAAGGGGUUAAGCAUCAUGGGCGGCGCCAUCGGCGACGGCUUCACCGACAUCGUCCUGGGUGUCGUGGACGGCGUGCCGCGCGUGGGCAACUGGACGCCGUGGGCCGAGUUCAAUAUCAUCAUCGACCCCGAGGCCGCGGCUGCCGUGUUUCAUAACAAGGCGCUCGCGGCCAAGACGACGCUUGUGCCGUUGGAUCUGUCGCAUCAGGUUCUUGCUACCGAGGAGGUGCGGGAUGCGCUUCUGUACGGGACGCACGGCGGGGAGAAGACGGGCAAGGGAAAGACGACGUUGAGGCAGAUGUUGGUUGAGCUGCUCAUGUUCUUCGCCAAGACGUAUAGCGACGUCUUCGGCAUCACAGCCGGACCCCCCCUCCACGACCCCCUCGCCGUAGCCGCCGUGCUGACGGGCACGCGGCACGAGAUCCCCUUUCACGACUACGAUGCCAAAAAGGGCAACUGCGUAAAGUACCACGAGCGCUUCGAUCUCACCGUCGUCGCGGAGGGCGACCUCGAAGAAGCCAAGAGCGGCAAGUCGCAGCUGGGGCGGACCAUCGCUAAAGCCCUGCCGCCGGGGAGCGAGGGCGUGAGGAUACCGCGCGGGCUGGAUAUUCCCAUGUUCUGGAGGGUGAUUGAGGAGUGUACGGAGAGGGCGGAUCGGGUUAAUGCGGGUGAGGUGGGCGGGUUGAAGGAGGGUGGGACGUUGGAGAAGUGA